UAACUUCUCAAGUUCCAUAUGAAGAGCAAAGUGAGUAAAAAUCCAUAUUUUUAUGUAUGAUAUCAGAUUUUCCUGAAUAUUAUUAUUAUUAUUUUUUAGAACGUUUCUAGAAUUAACUUGAGGUUUGAUGAGAAAGUGAAGCCAUAUACAGAUUCAGAAAAGAAAGCAAUGUACGGAGGGGUUGGGAAAGGAAAAUCUUCCCUUUCUGAUGUGCUUCCUCUGUCAGAUUCGGACAACUACGUGUGUACUCCUAUUUCUAUUCACAAGUCUUGGAGUAUGCUCAGGAGGAUUUGGGAAUCCUGUAACAGAUGAUGUGAGCAGGCUGAUCUUAUUGAAACACAAUAUUCCAAAGGAUUAUAACAUUUCUAUACAUUAUAUUCCCAAAGAGAGGAGUGGUGUGUGCUGCGUUCUAUUGAAUAUCUAUCCACUGGAACAAAGCCUUAGGGAACUGGCCCGAGUGUUUGGUGCCAUUUCUUCCAACAAAGAUAAUAUUAUGAUCUUCAUCACCAUGCUGCAAAAUCUACGUUUCCAAUUUGAUCAUGAGGAGCUGGAGGCAACAAUGCAAGUCUUUAAAUGCCACUAUAGGGCGGUCAAAUGGCCAUCUGGGCAGUAUUUUGACUAUAUCAGAGAUAUUUUGAAUUCUGCAGCUCAGGGAGAAGGAGGAUUCCGCUGUGUGCCUCCACCCUGCCCUGCCCCUACUACACCAGGAAGUGAAGCACAGGAUCAUGAACAGACUCGGUCAAGGGGGAGUCUGCUGUCCCUGCUUCCGAUCCCAGUCACAGCCUGCGUGUUCCUCAUUGUGUGGAUGAUUCAAUCUAGAAGAGAAGGCUCCCCAGAGAGUAACCCAGAGAGAGGCCAUAGAAGGCUGUCCACUAAUGUGGAACGGACCAUAAACAUCCUUAUUCCACCAGUCACCAGUACAACUGACACACCAAUAAUGGGGGAAGCCUGAUCACCACUGAGGGAGCAGAUGAAGCCAACAUCAAGAACUGCAUAGAGAGCAGAAAGCUCCCCCUCUGAACAGGUGUCACUCUGAACAGGUGUCACUCUGAACAGGUGUCACUCUGAACUGGUGUCACUCUGAACUGGUGUCACUCUGAACUGGUGUCACUCUGAACUGGUGACACUCUGAACUAGUAUCACUGAUUCUUCUUGGGUGAUAUCCCUGAGAGAACGGAGCUGAAAUCUCUUAUUUAGUAUCUUUGACAUAUCGGAGCUGAUAUCUCUAAAAUAUAGGGGUCUCACUUAAACAAGGGACAACGGUGAUAAGACAAUCAACUGCUUACUCGAACUAUAUCAUUUGGUCUGUCAUAUAUUUUGACACAACACCAUGUAUCACAGCUUCCUACCUUGUCUAUCUCUGUCUAAUCAGAGAUUUUGACAUGUCAACAUAUCAGAGAUAUUCUCCACCGAGACUGGACUUUGUUGUUGCCGAAAGAUCUAUUGCUGCUGUGUGGCCACAGAGUGUGUGCUGUCUCACCCCCUCUUUGAGUCACAUCAUCAGUGUGUGUGCGACUACAGUAUGACAGUUUAACUGCCAGCUGUGUGUGUAUGUAUGUGUGUGUGUGUGUGUGUGUGUGUGUGUGUGUGUGUGUGUGUGAGAGCUACCCUGCUCUGGAUGAUCUCAGUGAGGGCCAUAAGAAGGGCUUGUUCUCGCCACAAAAGAAAAGAGCCGUAGGCUGAAGGAAAUACCAGUUCCAUGCUAACCGACAGAGACAGAUCCAUAUGAAUCAAAAACCGUUUGAUCCUCAAUCCCCAGACAGCAGGAAAUCAGGAUUCUCUGCCAUCUCCUCUCAGGCUGCACUAUCACACGCAUUAUGAAGCCUUCUCACUGGGCACAGACGUCAAUUCAACGUCUAUACCACGUUGGUUCAAUUUAAUUUUAUUGAAAUGACGUGGAAACAACUUUGAUUCUACCAGUGUGUGCCCAGUGGGUUAGAACUAACUGAUUUCAAGCAUAAGUUAUGGCUGCUUUUUAACAGAUACAGAUACAGUUUCUAUGCUUGAUUCCCUCAGAACCUGCAGUUGGUCUCAGCUGUAGCAGGACAGUCACUGUGCAGUCUGGGAGGUUUUUUUGUACAACUCUGUAUCACUGCGUGAACACCUAGACACUUUGUGUAUAUAGUGUAUUGUAGAUAGUGUAUGCAGUGUAGUGUAGAUAGUGUAUGUAGUGUAGAUAAUGUAUGCAAUGUAGAUCAUGUAUGCAAUGUAGAUAAUGUAUGCAAUGUAGAUAGUGUAUGUAGUGUACAGUACAUGUGUCUCAUGUUUGAGUCCAGCAUCAUUCACAGUCUCAUUCACAGAUCUCACGGUCAGUAAUCUGCUCAUGAAAAUAGUUAAUAUAAUGCUAGAAUAUUGCAUUCAUUUAAAUCAGACAUUUGGUUGAGGUCCAUAUGAGGACUUGUUUUGGGGGGCUGAAGUGAUUGUAACUUUGAAGUAAUGUUGAGGUCAUAACACCUUUUGUUUAACUUCUUUAGCUCUAGCUUUGCAUAUGGACAGAUAAUGUGUUUCAAAACUUCAAAUGAUUUUUAUAUACACUUAAACCAUGACAAAUACUGUAAGUCAUUACCAUGAUGAUGAUGAUGAUUAUGGUCAUGUGAUCUGAAUGAUUGCUUUCUUACCAUAUUG